AUGUCUUAAAAUCCUGUCUAAUUAUUAAAAUCUCUUGUCACUCUUUUAAGUACUACUGUUGGUAGAGAUAAAACUUGCAGAGUUGUUCAAUACGUUUCCAAGUUUGUUGCUGCUGUUUUAAGACAUUAAAUUGCAAAAGGUUCAAUUACUAAAGAAUAAUUCGAUGAACUUACAAGCAGAAUUGAAAGAUUGAGUGGUAACAUGUCUCUCACAAGAAAGGUUUUGAGAUUUGGUAGACCUAUAGGUUUAAGCUUUACUCUCAUAGACUUGAUAAAGCAAUUAAAUAACUCAUUAAAAAAUCCUAAGAGCGUCACAGAUAUAAAAUAAAGCCCUUUCUACAUCACUAUGAGAAUCGGCUCAACUAUUUCUUUAAUAUUGUUUUUCCUUUUAGAUCACAUCCUCUAUUUUGCCAGACUUGAUUUAAUGAAGAAGAGACCUGAAUUAACUAAAUUUGCUGAUUUUUAUAGUAGUUUUUGGUGGUUCUUAGAUUGUCUCUUUGGACUUACAUCAAACAUCUAAGAAAUCAAGUAUCUCUUUGAGCUUAACAACGCUGAGCGUUUAAGUUCAAAUGAAAAUAAAGGUGAAAAAAUUAAAUCUAAUAAAGCUAGAAUCGAUGCAGCUAUUGUAGAUGCUUUUAGAAAUAUUUUCGAUAUUCCAGUUGCAGUUGGAUUUAUGUAUCCUUAGUUAGUUUCACCAGGCACCAUUGGUGUCUUUGGUGCAAUUACCUCUUAUAUUGGUUGCUAUCAAAAUUGGAAAUGA